UGCGAGAGCGCCCGACUCGAUCACCCUGCUCAGAACAAGAGAACACGACCAUGGCUAAGCUAAAGCUCAUUGUCUCUGCGACGAGCCUGUUCUGCACGAGGGUCGAGUGGGCUCUGAAACUGAAGGGCCUCGAGUACGAGCUCAUUGUUGAAGACUUUAGGAAGGGGAAGAGCGAGUUGCUUCUGAAGUCGAACCCAGUGCACAAGAAGGUCCCGGUGCUUUUGGACGAUGGGGUCGCGAUUGCAGAGUCGCGAGUGAUUCUGGAGUACAUCGAUGAGAAGUGGAAGGGAGGUGAUCUUCAUGUGUUGAUGCCUCAAGACCCUUAUGAGAGAGCUCAAGCUCGUUUCUGGGCUCAGUUUGCUGAUGACAAGUGUGUCUUCGGCGUUUGGGGAGCCUGUCGUGCUGAAGAUGGGCUAGAAAAGGAGAAAGCAUUGGAGACUGCAUUAGAGUCCUUUGCGUAUCUCGAGAAGCAGAUCGAGGGGAAGAAGUUCUUCGGGGGAGAUAAGAUAGGCUAUUUGGAUCUCGUAGCCGGUUGGAUCCCGCAUUUCCUCGGUGUCCUCGAAGAAGCUGGAGGCAUGAAGAUACUUGAUGCUGGGAGGUUCCCAUCCCUUCAUGAAUGGGCACAAAACUUCAACGAAAUCCCGCUGAUUAAGGAAUGUCUUCCACCUAGAGAUAUGCUGCUUAACUAUAUAACUGCUAGCCUGAGCUACUUGCGUUCCUUAUCAGCGAACAAGCCAUAAAAUGCACCCUUCAUUUAAAUUACUGGAGUCAGACAGAAAGUUGGGAAGGCGAGAUGUUUUUCCCUCAGAGUGUUGCCUGUGUAUUUGAACCCUAUUUUCCUAUCUUAUACUUGUAACCUUUUGAUAUGGUGCAAUAAUAUGCUUAUUCUGUUUGUGACCUUAA